AUGAUUAAUUUAAUCAGCAUUACUCUCUUAUUUUGGUUAGCAGCUACACAAUAUAAAUUAAUUCUUUAAGGUCCAGCUUCUAAAAAGAUGGACUGCAAAAAACUUGAUAAAAGUAAUGAAUUUAUAACAUCUAGAUGAUAAUGGAUUUAAAGGUUCAUAAUUUUUUUAUGAAAAACUUUCCAAUUACGGUUAAAAUACUAACUUGGAUAAGUUUACAUUUCGAUUAUGGUUUAUGGUCUAUUAAAAAAUGAGAUUUCCAGGUAAACAAAUACUGUUUGCUUUUUUAGAUGGCUACGAUACUGAUUCUGUAAGGGUAAUUAAUAUAAUAGUAUAUAAAUCUCAUGGUUUACUUUAAUUUGUAGUCAUCAAAUUAUACAUUAUAUGUUAUAAAUGAAAAAAUGAAUUCAGAGUUGAUGAACAUACUGAUAGAUUAGUAAAUAUAAAUAAUAUUAGAGAUAAAAUGAUUUCUUUAUAGGAUACUGGAAUUAUCUUUUGAUUUCUAUAGAUUAAACUAGUGGAGAUGUAUUUUUAAAUUUAAAACUCUUCAGUACUUACAAUUACCAACUAUAAUAGUUUUAAGAUUCGUUGCCAUCAAAAAAGUAUAUUAUAGUAUAUAAAUUUUAGAUUAAAUUUUAGAUUUGGUGUACAUUCUAGAAUAACAAAUGAAUAAUUAUAUCAAAUUAUAUAAGACUAUAAAGCCUGUGUUUAUAUUGCUAAUUUUGAAUAUAUUAAUGGAUGGACAACAAUGGACAGGGAAAUAUAUUUUUAAGAUUAAAUAGAUUUGAAGUAUUCUUUAAAACCCUUCUAAAGUGAAGGAUUAAAUGUAAAUUCUUAAUUUAUCAAUGUAAAAUUAAUAGAUCAAAAGAAUAUUGAGUAUAGUGGAAAUAUAGGUUUAAAUAUUUAUAAAGAUACUAGAAUUCUCUAUAAUUUUGAGGAAUAGAUGGAUUCAUUUACAAUUAUAUUUUGGAUGAAACCUUAAAAAAUUAGUUCAUUUUUUAAAUUAAUUUCAUUAACUGAUGAAUAUGUAAAACUUAUUAGUCUAGGAUUUGGUGUUAAUUAAAAUUAUAAUUUUUUGAUAUACUAAAAUAAAUUAGAAAUUUAUACUGGAAAUUUGAAUCCAAAUUAAUGGAAACAUAUUACAAUAGGAAUAUUAGAAAUAUCAAGAAAUUAAUAUUUUAAGGCAACUAAUUCUGUAAAAAUGUUGAAAGUAUAUAUAGAUGAUUUAAUGGUUUAUUUGUAAUAAAUUUUAAAUUUUAAAUCAUAUAAAAGAUUAUUAAUUGGUCCAUUAUUAUUGGAAAGUAGAGGUUAAGAGGUUGUUGAUAUUUAAGAUUUUAAGAUUUUUAAUGGAUAUGGUAUUUAUGAAUCAUCAGGAGAUUGUCGAUUAUUUGCAGGACUAUAUUGUGCAUUCUGCAAAUCAUUGACACAUUAUUGUAAAGAAUAAGAUCCAUUAGAUGAUGAUAAUAUUUAUUAAUGUCCAGCAGGUUAUAGAAUAGAAAAUGGGUAUUGUAAACCUAAUACAAUUGCCUUGUGUUUAAGAUAAAUUGGAGGUAGUUGUAUAGAAUGUGAAAAAAAUACUAUUCUAAUAUAAGGAGAAUGCUAACCUUAAACAUAAUUAAAUAGAGUAUCUCCUUAUCCAUGUUAAGGCUUAAAUGUUGUAUUAUGUUAAAUUAUUAAUAUUGUAAAAAAUUCAGAAUUAACAUCUGUAUAACGAGCACGAUUGUGUAAUUCUAAUUAAUAUAAUAUUGCUAAAUUUGAAUGUACUGGUAAUUAGGUUGCAUCAUGCAAGUAUUCAUAAUAUUCAGGUCUUUGUUUUGAAUGUAAGGAAUCAUUCUAUUUAACAGAAUUAAAGAUGUGCGUUUCAACUUGUUUUAAAAAUAAAUAAGAUAGAUUUAAUUAUAUAAAUAAGUGUGUUUAAGAUUGUCCUUAUAAAUAUACAUUUAAUCAUCCUUGUCCAACAUCUGGAGGAAAAGAACCUGAUUUAGGGUGUUCUCUUACUCCUGAUUGUCAAGCUGAUGAAAUUGAUCUUGGAUAUACUUGUUUAUCUAUUAGUUAACAAGAAAUAGGUAAAUCAGUAGGUUGUAGACCAAUACUUAUUUCUUAAUAUGCUCCAAAUUAGCCAUUAUUUUGUCAUCCUUCAUGCAAAUAUUGUUUUGGAACAACUGAUAGAUAAUGUUUAGGCUGUCAUGAAGGAAUGUAUUUUACUCCAUAUCUUGGAAUGUGCUUAUAAAAUUGUUCUGAUGAUAGAGACAAUAUAUUUAUAUAUCAUAAUACUUAUAUUUGGAAAUGUGAAUUAAAAUGUCCAUCAAAUUUAUUAACAUAAGGUGAUAUGUGUGUAUAAUCUUGUUUAGAUGGAUAUGUAGUUUUAAAUGGAAUUUGUAGAAGUAUAAACAUAGUUGAUGAAUAUUUUUUAUCUAGUGAAAUAGUUGAAAUAGAAGGAAUCAAUUAAAUAAUAUAGUCAUGGAAUUAUUGUCCUUUUUUAUGUAAUACUUGUUAGAAUACUUAAAUAUGUAAUAGUUGUAUUAAUAAAUAUCCAUUUGAAAAUAAUGUAUGCAAAAUUAGUUGUUUCCCAAGAUUUUCUUUAAAAACAAACAAUCUCUCAACAUGUAAAGAUUAAUGUGAUCCCAAUGAACUUACAUUUUGGAAUGAUAAUUUGUAUGGUUAUUAAAUAGCAGAAUGUUUUUUAAAGAAAUGUGGUGAAAUUGAAGCUGAUUAAAUAUAUUAAUCUUAUCUUCAUUAAAAUGAUAAUAAAAAAUGUGUUUAUCCAUGUGAUGAUGGAUAUUAUGGUAAUUCAUAAUCCAUUUUAUGUAAACCAUGUAUUGUAUCAUGUGCAACUUGUAUAGAUAAAUCUCAUAUUUGUACUUCAUGCAAACCUCUAUUAUUUUUAAAAGGUUCAACUUGUUUAACAUCUUGUGGAUAAAAUUUCAAAAAUUAUAUGAAUUGGCAAUGUGAAGUAGAAUGUUCUUCAGGAUAUACUAUUAAAGAUUCUACAAAUAAUUUAUAUGCUUGUGUUGAAAAUUGUGGAUAAUUAUAUGCUACUUAUUUAUAUGUAUGGAGAGGUUAAUGUUAUGAAAAUAUUCCUAAUAUAUCUGUUUUUUGUAUAGAUUAUUAAUGUGAAGAUUGCCAUUCAUCAUGUUUAUAAUGUUAAGGUCCUAAUAAUAAUGAUUGUCUGGCUUGUUAUUAAAAUUCAUAUCUACUUAAUAAUGAAUGUGUAUAAGAUUGUGGAAUUUUGAAACAUGAUUAAAUAAAUUGGAAAUGUGUAGAAGAAUGUCCAAUUGAAUCAUUAUAAUCAAUAGGUAUUUCAUUAGUCUUAAAUAAAUAAAUAACUAUUUGUGGUCUAACAUGUUUACUUGAAACAUUCUAAUUUAGAAAUGAAUGUUAUGCUUAAUAACCAAUAGAAACAUUUUGUUUACAAAGACCAGAUUAUUAGUUUUGUGAACUUUGUUCUUCUCUUUGUACAAUAUGUUCUUCAUCUUCUUCAUCAGAUUGUUAAUAAUGUAUUUCUACUGCAUUUUAAUAUGGAACUACAUGUUUUAUGGAAUGUCCAGAUGAAGCACCUUUAAAAGAUACAAUCAAUAAAUAAUGUGUUGCAUCAUGUCCAACUGGAUUUUCUGAAGAUGGAUAUUGUGUUGAGUUUUGUCAACCUAUUUCAUACAUAUACUAAUUAAAAAAUGCAUGUUAUACUGUUGGAUGUCCAAUUGGUACAUUUAAUGAAACAGGUUCUAAAAUAUGUUAAGAUUGUUAUAUUGGUUGUGCUACUUGUUUUGGAAAUAAUUAGAGUGAAUGUUUGAGUUGUAUUGUUGGAUAUUUCAUUGAUUAAGAAACAUAUUGUAGUGAUUCUUGUUUAAUAGAACCAAAUAUAAUUGAAGAUUAGAUUAAUCGAAGAUGUGUUUAAUUUUGUCCUAUUGAUUCUUUCUUAUAAAAAUUAAUUAAUGGUCGUUAUGGAUGUAAAGAAACAUGUCCAGAAUAUUAUUAUUCUAAUAUUUGUGUUUCAUAUUGUCCAUCUUAAACAUAUUAAGAUGGAUAUGCUUGUAUUAGUUGUGCAUCUCCUUGUUCAAUUUGUUUUGGAAGUGCUAUCACUUAAUGUACUUAAUGUGAUAUUGGUUAUUAUUUAUAUGAAACAACUUGUUAUUAAAUUUGUCCAGAUGAAAAUCCUUAUGCAAAUAUUUAAGAUUCAAAAUGUGUAUAAACAUGUCCAAAUUUUUUAUAUUUACCUAAAAUGCUUUGUUUUGAUUCUUGUCCUUUCUUUUUAUAUAGAUAUGAAAUUGCUAAUUAAAAAUAAUGUGUUGAUAAUUGUCUAUCAAAAUCAUAUUUAUUAGAUUAAGACUGUUAUCCUUGUGAUUCAAUUUGUAAAGAAUGUUAUGGACCUGCUAAUGGAAAUUGUUUAGAAUGUGAAUUACCUUAUUUUCUUAAUGGAUAAACUUGUGAAGUAACUUGUCCUUCAUUUUAUGAUCUAACUGAUCAUUAAUGUAAAGCAGCUUGUCCAGUUAAUUUAGUAAUCUAAAAUAUAUAUUGUUAAACUCAAUGUGAUUAAGAUUAUUUACAAUAUGGAUAAAAUUGUUUAUUACAAUGUCCUUAAUUUACUUAUUUAAACAAUAAUACUUGCUAAAAUUGUAAUGCAUAUUGUUUAACUUGUUUUGGACCUAACUUUUCAUAAUGUUAUUCAUGUAUAGAUGGAUUCUAUUUAAAUGGUUAAUCUUGUUAAUAAAUAUGUGAUAAUUACUAUGAUUAAGAUAAUAAAACUUGUAUUAAUAAUUGUGGAUCUAAAUAUUUAAUUAGAGAUUAAAAAUAAUGUGUUUUAUAAUGUCCUAUAGGAUAUAUUAGUUGUGAAUAAGAAUGUGUCACUAAUAUUUAAGAUGGAUUUUAUUUGAAUAAUGGAUAAUGCUAUAGAUGUGAUUAAAAAUGUACUAAAUGUACAUCAUCUACUUCAUGUUCUGAAUGUUCUUUAAACUUUUAUUUAGAAUUAGAUUCUUGUGUAAAUUAUUGUAUAAAUAAAUAUUUAUAUAUGGAUCCUAUUUCAAGAAGUUGUGUAUCUAGAUGUCCAAUAGGGUUAUAUCAUUAAGAAUCAUUUAAUAGAAGAUUUUGUAUGUUGGAUUGUACUUUUAAAUUAGAUGAUUAAUGUGUUCAAUCUUGUCCUAUAGGUUUUUAUAAUGAUAAUUCAUUUUGUAAAUUAUGUCCUUCUGAAUGUACUGAAUGUUAAUCUAUAACAUUUUGUUUAAAAUGUUAGAUAGGCUUAUAUUUAGAAAAUAAUUGGUGUUAUCCAGUAUGUAAUUAUAAAAAAACAGAUAGAAAAAAUUAAAUUUGUGUUGAUGAAUGUAAUUUGGAUUUAUUUGAAUAUGAAAAUUAAUGUGUUGAAAGUUGUCCAUCAAAUCCAAUUUAUUUUUAUUAUAAGUCAUAAUGUGUUUAAAGUUGUCCUACUUCAACAUUUUAAUAAGAAUAAUAUUGUAUUGAUUGUCAUAUAUAAUGUUCAUCUUGUUUUGGUUCAAAUAAUGAUGAAUGUUAUUCAUGUUUUUUAGGUUAUUAUUUAGAUAAUAAUCAAAUAUGUACAUAAACAUGUCCUUUUCUUUAUGAUCUUAUAAAUUAGAAAUGUGUGUUUUAAUGUUAAAAGGAUUAAUAUUUAGAAUAAAAUUAAUGUGUUGAAAAAUGUAAUCAUUUCUUAUAUGAUAAAUAAUGUGUUGAUUAUUGUCCAUCUUAAACAUAUUAAUAAAAUACUUAAUGUUUCAAUUGUUCAAAUAAUUGUUUAGAAUGUAAUUCUUUUGGUUGUAUUAAAUGUAAAAUUGGAUCUUAUUUAAAUGAUGGUAUUUGUGAUUCAUAUUGUUAAAUAAUGUAUAAUGAUGUAAAAUAAGAAUGUGUAGAAAUAUGCACAAAUUAAGAAUAUUAAUAUCUAGAUCAUUGUUACUCUCAAUGUCCUAUAGAUACUUACGAAUAUAAAUAAAUAUGUUUAUUAGAUUGCCCAAUUAAAACAGUAUAAUAUAACAAUUAUUGUUAUGAUUGUCCUGAAAGAUGUGAUAUAUGUUUGAGUGAAUAUGAAUGUCUAAAAUGUAAUAAUCUUUAUUUUCUAUUUAAUGGAUAAUGUAUUUUACAUUGUCCAUUAUAAUUACCAUAUGAAGAUACUGUUAAUCGUAUUUGUGUAUCUAUGUGUCCUCCUAAUACUUUUAUCAGAAAUUACACUUGUCUAUCUACUUGCAAUUUAAUUACACAUUAAAAUAUGUGUUUAGAAUAAUGUCCUAAAGGUUAUUAUGGAAAUAACAUUUGCAAACAUUGUAAACUUGAGUGUCUAGCUUGUAAUGACUUAGACUAUUGUACAGAAUGUGAUAUUAAUUAUUAUCUAGAAGAUAACUAAUGUGAUAACUAAUGUACAAACAUAAAAGAUUUAAAAACUAAAAAGUGUGUUGAAAUUUGUGAUUCAUUCUUAUACAAAAAUAUAUGCUAUUAAAAAUGUCCAAUUGACACCUUUUAAUUUGAAUCUAUAUGUGUUAUAAAAUGUCCUGAUGGUUAUUAUGGUUCAAAGGACUUUAUCUGUGAACAAUGUCCAUAUUAAUGUUUCAGUUGUUAAAAUCAAUUUGUGUGUAUCUAAUGUAAUAUUGGAUAUUAUCUAUUCGAAAAUUAAUGUUUAGAAUCUUGUCCAGAUUAAUCAUUUUCAAAUCCCAUUAAUAAUAAAUGUUCAAAUGAAUGUCCUCCUACCACAUUUAUUUACUAAAAUUAAUGUUUAUUUUAAUGUCCAAAUGAAUAUUUACAUGAUAUUCAGAAUUAUAAAUGUGUUUUAUAAUGUGAUGAUUAAUAAUAUAAAGAAAAAAAUAAUUGUUUAGCUUGUUCAAUAGAAUGUAAUAAAUGUUAUACUUAUGGGAAUAAUAAUUGUAUUAAUUGUGCAAAUUUAUACAAUUUAAAUGAAAAUGGAUAUUGUUUAGGAGAAUGUCCUAAUGGUUAUUAUAAAAAUGAAUAAAAUUGUGAAAAAUGUUUACAUAAAUGUUAAACUUGUAUAAAUUAAAUUUAAUGUGUUAAAUGUAGAGGAACUAAUAGAAAUUCUAUUGAUUGUUCUUGUUAAAAAGGUUAUUAUGAUGAUGAAUUAUAAGAAAAUUGUCAGAAAUGUCCUUGUGAAGAAUGUAUAUCAUAACAAAAUUGUUAGAUUUGUAAAAAUAAUCUUUAAAUUCCAAAAUGUAAUUGUGAUAGAAAAUUAAAUGAUAAUUGGUGUAUUACAUGUGAAGUAGCUAAAGUUAAAAUAUAUUACUCAGAUGAUCUUAAUGAAAUAGUUGUAUAUUUUGGUUAUUUAGUAUCUGUCAAUUUAAUUAAUCCAUUUUAACCUUCAGAUUGUUAUUUAUGGUUUGAUAAUUCAAUUAUUUUUGGAUAAAAUUCAAAAUGCUAUUUAGCAUGGAAUAGAUAUUCAGUACAUAUAUAAUUAUCUCCAUAUUCAACUAUUAAUAUAGGAGAUGAAUUGUAAUUUAAAUAAUCAUUUUACAGAGAUGUAGAUUAAGGAAACUGUUCUUAAUAGUAUAUAAAAUAAUUCAUAGAAAAUAAAUUAUUAGAACCAAAUAGAUUUAUUAAACCAUACAUUAUAUUUGAUGUUCCAUAAUAUGUUAGUAGUUGUAAAUAAAUUGAAAUUAGAUAAAUUUUAAUCUAAGGAACAGCAUAAAAAAUAUAAACAGUAAUAUCUUGGUAAUUACAUUCAAUAGAUAAUGAAGAUUAUUAUUUAUCUAUGGAUUCAUUUUUAGCUACCUAAAAGAAUGAAAUUAUUAUACCUAUUAAUACUUUAUAACCUAAUUUAAAAUAUACAAUUACAGCAAAAUAUAUCAAUAUAUUUCAAAGAGUUAAUUAUACAACAUUUACUUUCAAUACCAUUCCUAUUCAAACUCCUUAUAUUUAUCUAACUUACAAUCCUUUAACUGUUAAUAUUUAUAUAUUUGAUUGUCAUAUUACUUUUUCAGAUAUACUAAGUGAUUAAAAUGUAUAAAUUGACAUACUAGAUUCAUUAAUAUAAGAUCAAAAAUAUAUUUCUAUAAAAUAAUCAAUACAUUCUAUCCGUAAAAUUCCUUUAGAUGAAAUACUUCUACCUAAAUAAGUACCUCUACUUUUCAUUGCUAUAACACAAAGCUAUAUUAUUCAGGAAAUUCUAAUUUUAAAAUCAAAACCAAUUGAGAUAUCUUUUCUAUAAAAAAAUAGAUUUAUUGGUUAGGAUGACUAAAUAAAUGCAAGAGCUUAUGAUAAAAAUAUAGAAGACAUAAUUUUAAGUACAAAAGAUAUUCAUUAUUAAUGGUUAUGUACUAAUCUACAUGAUCUUCAACCAUGCAAAACUGAAGAAAAUAAAAUACUUGAAUUUGCAUAAAGAAGAAUCAUUAAUAUUUAGGCUAACUCUCAAAAUUCAACAUUUGUUUUUUAUGUUAAAGCCUCAAAAGAUAAUAGAUGGACUAUUAAAGAAUAAUUAAUUGUGUUAUUAGAUUUAAAUAUCUAAGAAGAAUUUGUAAUCAAUAGAGAUUAACCAACAGAUUUGAUAAAUUUAAAUAGUGAAGUUACUAUUUUAUUAUAGUAAUCUUAAACAUAUGCUUUUAUUAUAUAAAAUCACAAAGUACUUUAAUACAUUAAGAUAUCUAAUGCUUCAUUAAAAUUUAGAAUGGCUGAAAUUACAUAAGAUUCUACACAUCCAAUUUUCAUAUAUUUAGUGCCUGGAACUGACUCUUUUGGAUUUAAAAUAAAUGAAAUACCAAAUAUAUUUACAUUCUCUAUUGAACCUAAGAUUGGUUAAUCUAUGGAUUAUUUUAAUUAUACAAUUGAUAAUUUAAAUAGUGAUUAAAUUGCUAGUAUUUAUUAUUAUGUUGAUUAUUAUACUUUUAAAAAUGAUAUGGAUGCUAAAUCUUUAUUAAAUGGUAUUCCUUUAAUUUUUAACACUUAAAUUACUUAAGGUUAAUUUUAGAUUCCAAGUGGAAUUGCAGAUGAUCCUAUUUGGAUUGUUUGUUAAAUUGAAUCUAAUCAAGGUGCAUUAAUAUUUAAAUGGACAUAGAUAGUUGUUUAAAGAAGAAACUAUGAAAUGCAUAGCUUGUUUGAAGAUCUUGCCAAUUUAGUUAAUUUUUCAAGUUUACAGAGUAUACACACUAUGAUAUCACUAAUUAAUUAGGAAGAUAAGUAAGUUUGUUUGAAAUAAUGUUCAGGAGUUGGUACUUGUGUAGAUUAAAAAUGUCGUUGUCCACCAGGUUAUUAUUUUAAUGAUUGUAGUGGAGAUAAAACUUAAUUUGAGAAUUCUAAUGAUUUAAUUUUUUAAAGUAUGUAAGCAUUAAUUGUGAAAGAUGUAAUAGAUAAUGAAUAAUUUAAAUUAUAUAGUUAGGCACUUCUUUACUUUUAAUAAUAUAAGGAUAUAAUAUCAAAUACAAGUAUUGAUAAAUGUUUAAAAGUAUUAAUAAAUUACAUAACAAAUCUUAAUAAUAGGAUGGAAUAAAUUAAUUAAUAUUCUAUAAAUAUGUAAUACUAAUAAACGAAUCAAUUCUCUUAUUCUUAAAUAGAUACUAGAUAAAUUUUAAGUAUAUAAGAUAUUAGUAAUGCUAUACUAAGUACUGAAUUUAUAUGGAAUAAAGCUUUAUCUAUUUCUAAUUCUAGUAUCUAUCAAAUAAUGCAUCAUUUAAAUGAUUUUUUCAUUCACAUAAUUGAUUUAUCUUUUCUUGCAAUAUUACCUAAUGAAAAGUUUGAAAUUUCUAUGAGUACAGUAAAUUUAAUAAUUUAAAGAUCAAAUAAUUUAUAAAAUUUAAGUAGUCAUAGAUUUCUCUAAUAAGAUAUUAAUACAGAUUAUUAUGAUAUAGUGUAAGCAAUUUAUAUUAGUAAUUUUUAUUAAUAUGAUGGUUAUUAUCCAUAUCCUAAUUAAAAGUAUCCUCUUUAUGAUUAUAAGAUCAGAUAAUAAAAUAGAUAUUAAAAUAUUAAAAUUUCUAAACCUAUUACUUAUAAAUUUGAAAUUCAUAAUGAUACUACAAAUUUAGUUUGUAUAAGUCGAAAUGCUAAUACUUAUGAAUGGACUAAAGAUAAUUGUUAUUUAUCAAUAAUAAAUAAUUCAUAUUUUUGUAAUUGUACUAUGAUUGAACCAGUUACAAUUUGUAAUGACUAUCAAUUUAUAUAUUAAGGAAAGCCUCCAUUUUAUCUAAAAUUGCCUAAUUUCAUAUUUAUAUUUUAUUUCUUUUAAUUCAUUUUAUUAGCAUUUGUAAUUUAUAAAUCAUAAUAUGGAAAUAAAUAAUAAAUAGCUAAAUCUAAUAAGUUUGGUAGAGUUUUAAAGUUAAAUAAAUUUGAAAGUGUAAGGAUGAUGUUUAAUAAUAAUUUACCAUCUCCAAUAUCUCCUAUAUCUCCUAUAUCUCCUAUAUCUCCUAAUAGAAUCUAUCCAGAAAAUGAUUGUAUAAAAGAAACUGUACAAAAUAUUGAUUAAAAAGUGAUAAACAAAUUUAAUUUUAAUUAUUUUUGGGUACUCAAUUUCUUAUAAUUUAGAAUUAUCAUUUUCUUACUAGUAUUAUGUUUUAGAGUAAGUUUUAUUUUAGUCGAUUUUAGAGAGUCUAAUUCAUAAUACUAAAAUGGAAUAUCUGUUUUAUAGUAGGAGAAAUUCUCUCCAUUUUUUACUUUGAAUAUGAUAUUUAAAUUUACAUUUUACUAGCAUCUGUAAUUAUAUGCAGAAUAAAUUAAGAGUUCUGGAAAGUAAGAAAUUAAAUUAAGUUUUAGAAACAAUUUAAAUAUUAUGAAUAUAUGAAAUCCAUUUUGACAUUAAAUUUAAUAAAAAUCAUAUUUUUCAUUUUUACAACAAGUACUUUUAUUAUAGGUGUGUAUUUAUACUUUUGGAUAAGCGAUUAAACUGAUUUUGUAUAAAUUUCAUAUAAAUUUAUUAGAUACUAUCUUACAUAACUACUAACCUUAUAGAUUUAUUGUUUUUAGAUAUCAUAAUAUUUUUUGCUAAUAAGUAUUUAGGUUAAACUAAGAAGAAACUAAUUAAGAAAAAAAUAUAAGAAUUUAAAUUAGCCAUGUAAGGUAUUAAAUGA